AUGGGCCAGAUCAUCGAGUACAUCCCGGACCGGCUCUAUCUCGCCUCCUACGUCCAUCCUCCCACCGCCGACACCUUGUUCCCCACCGCCGAGUCGUCGGCUCCCUCGCCCAGGAAACGCUCGUCGCGCGCCCCCGAUGGCUCGGCCCUGCCCGCCGCCCGCGUCCCGCCCUGCUACUUCACCGUCGACGAUACCCUCCUGUACAAUGCCUUCCAUCACGACUUUGGCCCGCUGCACAUUGGCCACCUGUACCGCUUCGCCAUCCGCUUCCACGACAUCCUCGGCGCAAAGGAAAACAAGGACCGCCCCGUCGUCUUCUGGAGCGCCGCUGACCCGAGGAGUCGCGCCAACGCCGCCUGCAUGCUGGCCUGCUACAUGGUGCUGAUCCAGAACUGGCCGCCUCAUCUGGCCCUCGCCCCCAUCGCCCAGGUCGAUCCGCCCCUGAUGCCCUUUCGCGAUGCCGGAUACAGCCAGGCCGACUACGGCAUCAGCGUCCAGGAUGUCGUCUACGGCGUCUGGAAGGCAAAGGAGGAAAAGUGCUGCGACCUCGACAACUUCGACCUCGAAAUGUACGAGCGGUACGAGCGCGUCGAGCACGGCGACUUCAACUGGGUCACGCCGCACUUCCUUGCCUUUGCGUCGCCCCAGCACACCCCUGCCGUCAAGAUCCCCGAGACGUCGGACCUCUACGCCACCCUCCCCCGCGACCUCGACGCUGUCGACGCCCACCCGACCCUGCCGCAGCCCUUCAAGAACGUCCUCUGUCACUUUUCCGACAAGAACAUUGGUCUCGUCGUCCGCCUCAACUCCCCCCUCUACUCCCCCUCGUACUUCGAGGCCCUCGGCAUCCAGCACCUCGACAUGAUCUUCGACGACGGCACCUGCCCGCCGCUGUCGACGGUUCGCAGGUUCAUCCGCCUGGCCCACGAGACCAUCACGGUCCGCAAAAAGGGCAUCGCCGUCCACUGCAAGGCCGGCCUCGGACGCACCGGCUGCCUCAUCGGGGCCUACCUGAUUUACCGCCACGGCUUCACCGCCAACGAGGUCAUUUCCUUUAUGCGCUUCAUGCGCCCGGGCAUGGUCGUCGGCCCCCAGCAGCACUGGCUGCACCUGAACCAGGGCACCUUUAGGGAGUGGUGGAUCGAGGAGCGCGUCGAGCGCCGGCUCCGCAAGGAGAUGGCGGCCGCCAACCCCGUCCCCAGCACCCCUAUCCGCGCCAUGCAAAAGACGUCGCUGCGCAACGGGCCCACGUCGACGCCGCCGAACCGAAGCCCCUCGAACCGCACCCCGCUGAGCGAGGUGGACCACGACCGCAAUAACGUGGGCGUCCAGGAAGACUACCUGCCCGCCCCGACGCCCGGCCAGCCGCGCAAGACGACGCGCCUCGACCGCCACCACCCGUACCACCGCUCCACGUCCUUCCAGACCACGGCCGAGGAGGGGCACACGGUCGAACAGGAGACGGAGAUUAUGACGAUGCACCGGCGCUCGCAGGACGCCGGCUCCGACGAGGAGAUUCACCUGAGGAUGCGCAGCCACCGCAAGCCUUCGUCCCAGUCGCCCGGCGGCCGCGGCGACAAGACACGGUCCGUCAGCCACACGACGUCGACGGUAUGCACGAUUGACAACGACUCGUCGCGCGACGCCGAGAACAUCGGCUCCCUGCGCGCCAAGCACCCGGAGCGCGUGGCGAGCACCCCCAGCGUCAUGACGCGGGUCCGCGGCAGCCGGCGCGCUGGGCCCGAGUCGCCGCUGCGCGCCAAGGACCACGCCGCCGGGGUCCGCAAGACGAGCGGCCGCGUGGGCAGCGCCAGCACCGUCUCGUCGGCCACGGCGGUCGCGACGGCCCGCAAGGUGUCUGGAUCAUAG